UUUUGAUUAUUUAUUUUAAAAUUUACAAUUUGAAGUUUACAAUCUAUAUAAAUUAUACAUCUUUUAAACUUGGCGCGAACGAAAUUGACGCGAACGAAGUAGUGACUGUACUUACACUUCCAUUGCGUGAUACAAAAUGCUUACUUCUUAUUUAAUCUUCUUAUCAAAUUUUACUUUAAGAUCAUAAUAAAUAGAAUUCCAGAUACUAUUAAAUUCUAAAAAGAAUAUUUCAAAUGAGAAUAAAGACUAUAAUGUGUUAUUAUGUGUUAUUUAUAAUUAUCAUAUGCUUUUAAUCAUACACAUAUAUUUACAUGUAUACAUACAUAAUAGAAGAACAAGUUCCAAAAUACUUUGUAAUUUUUAUGGGUUAUUUGUUUAAGCAACAAUGCCUGGAGAACAAUUCUCUUUAAUAUGGAAUAGUUUUUCGAGAAAUUUAUCUUCCAGUUUAUAUACUUUAUUAAUUGAUGAACAACUUGUUGAUGUAACUUUAAUAGCUGAAGGCAAAAUUUUAAGAGCACAUAAGUUGAUAUUAUCAGUUUGUAGUACUUAUUUUAAUAGGCUUUUUAAGGAAAAUUCUUAUAAACACCCAAUUGUAAUACUAAAAGAUGUCAAUUAUCAUGAUUUAUCUGCUAUGCUUCAAUUCAUAUAUCAAGGCGAAGUUAAUAUUAAACAAGAGGAUAUUGGCAAUUUUUUAAAAGUAGCAGAAAUAUUGCAGAUAAAAGGAUUAACCACAGAAAGAGAUGAGAAAAAAGACAAAAUAUUGGAUAAUAAUAUCCAAGAAAUGGAUUGUUAUUUUGAUAUAAAAACAGAUAGAGAAAAUCAUCUUACUUCCAUAGAAGAUAUUUAUCAGUGUGAGAAAUUAACAGAAUCUUUGAAAUGUAAACUGGUACAAAAAGAAAAUACAGUUCUUCCUUCAGAUUCUGUAAUGAAGGGUUUCAAUAUUAUGGAAAGAAAUAUAUCAAAUGAAAUUCCUUAUACUACAAAAUUAGUUUCUCAUACAGACUAUAGUCCACAAAGAACAUUAUUUAUUGAAACGUAUAAAAAUAUUGACACUCAGACUACAAAGGAACCAUUUGAUUGUACUUCUGACAUAAAUCACACAAAAAAAAUACAAUAUAAAUCCUCAAAUUAUAUAAAUGAUAUGGAUUUAAAAGCAAUGUAUAAAUCACAAAUGUUAAAUAAAGUAUUUUGUAAUAUUGAGAAUAUACAUAAAUCAGAUUCUAAAUCAGAUAUGCAAUUAAAAUCUGCUGAUCAAUCUCUUGGUCUGACUAAUAUGGUGAUAGAAGAACAUAAAAAUUUGACAUAUGAUGCAGCUAAUGGUGACAAAAAGCAUAGAUAUAUCAAAGCUAAUUCUAGUAGUACAUUAUCCCUGGAAACAACACAGCGUUUAGUUUCAGAAAUUAGACCAACAUUCUGCAUGGAAAAGGGUAAAUUAAUGCGGGUUUAUUCAUGUUCUUGGUGCCUUCGUAAUUUUACACGCAGAGAAAAUUUGAAAUUACAUAUUCGUUAUAUUCAUGGUCCACUUGAAAGUCUUACAUGUAAGCUUUGUGGCAAUAAAUAUAAAAACAGCAAUAGCUUGCGUGUACACUCUUACCUUUAUCAUAAUGCUAAACGGGAUAAACAUAAUAAAUCACUUGUCAAUAAUAGUAAUUAGAAAUAGACAAGAUUACAACUAUUUUUAUAUACUACAAUAAUAAUAAUAAUUCUUAGGAUAUUACAAGAUUAGUUAUUAGAAAUUGUUACAAUAGUUAUUUAAACAACUUAUUAUAUAGCUUUAUAAAUAAUUCAUGACUAUCCAUAUUUAAUAAGUUACAUCUAAUAAUGAUAAAUUUAUAUAAAUAAAAUCUGAUGUAUA